GCCCUACGCGAACCUUCAAGCUUUCAGUCUCCACAGAUUAUAAAACUCUUUAUCAGAUCGCGGGGGUGAAGAAUGUAGUGAGGUCUUGUUGACUGGAGUUAUUUAGUUUCCAGUUUUGUUUCAACUUUUAAUGUGGUUGUAAAGGCAUAUCUAGUGAUUAAUACGCUGCAUUUGAUGUGAAUCGAAUUGCGUAAAGAAUGAACCAGUCCUGUCCUGUCUAAAUUCAGUAGUCAUACUGACUUCUACAUUAGCCAUUCUGUUAUCUAACUUUGCGUGCGUUUACGCACCGUUAGUAUAUUACAUCAAUGAAAAUUCUGGGCAUAUUGUGGUGAAAAUUGUAAUUACUGUAAGACUUUAAAAUGUGCUUAAGUUUUGGGUUGUUAUGGAGCCCUGUUGUGUUUGUGUUGUUUAUUUUUGUUCGUGCAGGGUCAGGGCAAUGCUUCGGUGGUCAGGCUCCCAGCUUCGUGCGGUGGUCAGGAGUGACUGCCGUUGAUGCUGCCCCCGUCUUCGUUUACACAGCCAGCGGGGAAGAAGACUCAUUGGUUGGCGCUUGUCUCGCAAGGUGUCGAGAGCUGGAUGACUGCGAUGCGGUCCUGGUGUCCCAGGGCCAGGGGAACUGUCACGGGAUCACGGGCCGCCACGGCCUGGAACUCAGGCAGGAUUACGACGUCACCUACUUCAAGAGAACGUGUCUGGAAAUAACAGACGCAUGCGCCGACCAGUGGUGGGCAGUGGAGAGUACCCCAGGGUACAGCCUGCACUCAGACACCUCCCAGCGAGUGAUUCCUAACAUCACGCUCAGUCAGUGCUAUAAUGCUGUGCUUGGCCAUCGAUCAGCGCAGUGGGUGGGUCCAGAUGGUCUCCUGGACCCUUCAGCGGCCACCACGCCCGGGGUGACAGGAACCUGCGUUCUCAACGGGGAGGACAAGUUCUCGGAGCCAGAAUCCUACCGCGUCUCUAAUUACUACACCAUAUAUAUUGAGAACCAGUGUAGACAUGACUAUCAAAAGAAGAUAGACAGAUGUUCUUACGAGGAAUAUAACAAUCAGACAUUAAAACAUGUAGAUUUCACCAUGAAGAAUUACACGAAGGAUGAGUGCAAGACAGCUUGCGAGGUGGAACAGCGCUUCGUCUGCCGAGGGUUCUCGUGGUCGGAGCCCCGCGGCCGCGAGGUCACCGCGGGGGGCUCCCGGGGCAUCUGCGACCUCCACAGCGAGGACCUGGUCACCACCGGCUCCUGGCUCCUACGGAGGAAUGCAGCUGCUGUUUAUUAUCGCAGAGUCAUAUGCCUUAAUAUAACAGUGGACUGCGAGGGCAAUGACAUGACGGUGACGUACCGACCUCACGGCGUGUUCCGCGGCCGCAUGUAUGUGCCGGGCCGCGGCGAGCGGUGCGGCGCGCGCGCAGCCGGCCGCCUCGUGCGCCUGACCUUGCCUUUGAACGGGGACUGUGACGUCAACUUCGCGUACGCUAUCACCAAUACGCCCGCGGGUGUGACUAACAGAACAAUGGCAUACGUGAUGGUGAUGAUCCAGAACAACCCCAUCAUCCAGACGGCUGGGGACCGCUGGGUGCGCGUGGGCUGCUCCCCCGGCCCCCGCUCCUCCACCCACUCCGUGGACGCCACCCUCGCCGUCAGAGACUCCGGCAAACCGUCGCUCGCUAGCGAGUCUCUCCCGCCUUCGCUCGCGUCCGCCAGCGCGGUGUUCAGCCCCAGCUCAGCCCCGCUCACCAUGUACGUGGUGAGAGCCCAAGAUGACUCAGCUGCCGGCACUUCUGCCGUGUCCCUUGGGGAACCCCUGGAGCUAAGGAUAGAGACGACGGACACCACAGAGAUCGAGGCUUACCACCUGGUUGCAUCAUCACGUCUUGGAGACAGCUCUGUUCUGUUAUUGGAUAGCAGGGGCUGUUCUACCGGACAGGUCGACUUCCCCCCGUUCUCUCGCACGUGGAUGGCUGGUACCCAGCGUCUGGCAUCCCGGUUCAAAGCGUUCAGGUUCCCCACUUCACACGUGGUACGGUUCGCGCUGAUGGUGCGAUUUUGCGAGAACAAAUGUGCCCCCAUAAACUGCGCUUCCCAAAGCAGGAUAACCCGGGGUGCUAACGCGACGUCAGAGGGCGUUGCUGCCUCGGUGCAGGCCGUGGGGGGGGAGGGCCGCGGGGGCGAGGGGCGCGGGGUGGUGGCGCAGGGCGGGGCUACCGAGUGCGGGGCGCGGGGGGGCGGGCGGGUGCCGCUCGAGGUGGAAAUGGUGGUCGGCUCCAGGGACAUCCUGUCGGCGGAUACGCUCGUCAGGGCUGACCAUAGAGCUUCUAUACCAGAAGAGGUGACGCCUGAUGCGGCGCUGGUGUGCGUUCACGAGCUUCUGCUGGUCGCGCUGGCGCUGGCCUGGCUCGCCGUGCAAGUGCUGCUGCUCCUCGGCUGCUGCAUCCUCGUCAAGAGAUAUCGGAAUCUAGCCGAGCUGAGUCUGCAGAAGGACUACCACUCGUUCGACAACGUGGGCUUCGACACAGUCUCCACGCACCGAAGAGUCCACUGGCCGGACCAGAACAUUGACAUCUUGCAUACAACUUAGUUAAAUAUCGAUUUAGGUACUGUGGCGACAUCUCUACGCCACUCGUCACAACAUCCAAUCAAACAACUACUGUCCAAUCAUCGCGAAGAAAUUGACGCGCUCAACCAAUAGCAGCGCAGAAUUUAAAUCGCGACUUCAAAGAUUUUCAUGGAUUGGAGCUAUAUAUACAACCUCCGACACAACAUCGUGUGUCGCGCGGUUCCCCAGGCAUAACACCAGCCUGGUGGAAGAUCUUCCCUUUGGUGGCGGUCGAGCCGAAUCAUCGCUCCCGCUACAGUAGGAUUAAUGUAAUAAAAAGUUUUCUUUAUUGUCGAGGUUAAGGUGCCGUGUGGUUUCUGACACUUUAGAAUAGGACCGUAACCGAGGAUGUCGCAAAAGGCGACUAACGGAAAAGCUAAUAAAUUUGUGAUUCUUCUUGCAAGUGAUGGGCUAGCAACCUGUCCCUAUUUGAAUCUCAAUUUCAUCGUUAAGACAUACCUACAGCAGCACGUGGCCUUUCAGUCUUUUCGAGACUGAUGGCUCUGACUUCCCCGCAACGGAUUAAGAUGUGAUUAUAUGUAGGUAUGUAUGUUAAUGUAUGCUUUGGCCUCUGGUGGUAGAAAAAAGCCCUUCAUUCAUAUCAUGCCGCCAGAUCGCAAGCAACAGUUUAACAAUUUGCAAACUAGUUAAGUUCAAAAUAUUUUGUUGUAUAUUCUUUCUCCUAAUACCUCUAGGUUCAUCCUGAUGAAAAUAUCUGGAAGUAGAUGAAGUUAAGGCAUAUGAAUAAUGAUGUAAAAAAUU